GUGGGUGUAAAAUAGAAAACUAUUAUGGUGUUAAAACCAAUUGACACUCCAUUUUUGGAACCUAUAAAUAAUGCAUCCAAGGUAUAAUUCAGAAUCAACCUCAAGCCAAUACAAUUUCUUAAACUUUGAUUACUAGUGAUAUCAUGGUGAGAAUGAGAUUUCCCUCCCCAAAUAAACUAUUAUCUCUAUUAUUGUCAUUUGUAAUCAUAUGCAAUAUAGCAAGAUGUGAAACAAAGAGUUCUUGCAACCAAAAAGACAAACAAAUACUUGUCAGUUUUAAGCAUGGAGUGAUUGAUCCAUCAGGAAUGUUAUCUACAUGGUCCAACAGUAAAGAAGAUUGCUGUGAAUGGAAUGGAGUUCGUUGUGACAUCCAUGGUAGAGUCACCGAUAUCAACCUCUCUUGCAACACUUAUGACAACAAAACACAUUGCUUGUCAGGUGAGUUGCAUCUUUCUUUAUUUGAGCUUGAAUUUUUGAAAUACUUGGAUUUGAGCGAUAAUGACUUCAAAUCUAUGGUCUUACCUUUGGAUGGUCAAAACAUGUCAUCAGUUAACACUCGUCGUAGAAGUGGAAACUUUUCUAAUGUUGUUCAUCUUGACUUGUCCUAUAAUGAGAAUCUUGUUGUUGAUGAUUUAAGAUGGCUUCUUCGUCUAUCGUCAUCCUUAGAAUAUCUCAACUUGAAUUCCCUAAAUCUCCACAAACAAACGGAAUGGCUUCAAAUUUUGACUAUGCUUCCAUCGCUUUCCAAGUUACGUUUGAUUAAUUGUUCACUUGAAAGCGCAAGCUCAUCUCUUCAAUAUGCCAAUUUCACUUUACUUAAUAGUCUUGAUCUUUCUUUCAAUGAUUUUUCCUCUGAGCUGCCUAUUUGGUUGUUUAAUCUUACCAGCCUUUCUUAUUUGAUUCUUAGUCACAAUCGUUUCCACGGCCAAAUACCCGAAACUUUAUUGAAUCUUCGAAACUUGCAUGCAUUGAAUUUAGCACAAAACAUGCUGAGUGGAAAAAUUCCUAAUUGGUUAGGCCAACUUGGAGGCCUAAACGGUCUUGAUCUCUCCAUGAAUUUAUUUACUAGUUCUAUUCCUACAACUUUAGGGAACCUAUCAUCAUUAACAGAACUUAAUGUUAACUCAAACAACUUGACUGGUAGCCUUCCUGAAAGUUUGGGUAAACUAUCUAAUUUGGAGAGGUUGUAUGUCAAACAAAAUCCUUUAUUGUCUGGUGUUGUGUCUAAUAGACAUUUUUCCAAGCUCUCAAAGUUACAAGGGUUAGGGUUGGGUUCACCCACCUUUGUCUUUAAUUUUGAUUUCCACUGGAUUCCUCCAUUUAAACUUCAACAUCUAGACUUAGAGUAUGCAGAUCUUAAACUUCUUCCAUGGUUGUAUACACACAAAUCUCUAAUUACUUUAAAAAUUGAAAAUUCCUUUUUUAAAGAGGAUUCUCAAGAAAUAUUUUGGAGUUUGGCAAAUACUUGUUAUUAUAUUUCCCUAUCCGACAAUAUCAUGUCGUGGGACAUGUCAAAUGUAGUUUUGAACUCUGAAAUUGUAGAACUGGAAAGAAAUGGUUUGAGUGGCAGUCUUCCCAAAUUAACUUCAAAUGUGAGGGCUUUUCUUAUAAAUGAUAACAAUCUGUCUGGAUCUCUUUCUUCUCUCUUAUGCCAAAAUAGGACAGAGCAAAGUGAUUUGAAUUACUUGGAUGUCUCUGGUAACAAUUUAUCCGGAGAGCUCACUGAAUGUUGGGGAAAUUGGAAAUCACUUAUUCAUGUUGAUUUAGGAAAAAAUAAUCUAACCGGCAUUAUUCCACACUCAAUGGGUACUUUAUCCAACCUUUUGUCACUGCAUAUUUAUGAUAACAAGUUGCAUGGAGAGAUACCUAUGUCAUUAAAAUAUUUCCAAAGACUUGUCAUUGUUAAUCUUGGCAGAAAUAAAUUUUCUGGAAAUAUAUCAAAUUGGAUUGGACAAGAUGUAAAAGUUGUUCAAUUAAGAUCAAAUGAAUUUAGUGGUGAUAUUCCUCUACAAAUAUGCCAACUAUCUUCUCUCUUGGUUUUGGAUCUCGCAAAUAAUAGAUUAACAGGGACAAUACCUCAUUGCCUAGGUAAUUUCACCACCAUGAUUUCCAAUAAAACUCUAGAAAGUGAUGAAUUUAAAAUUACUAUCAAGUUUGAAAGUGCUGUUGUCGCGAUUAGAAUAGAUGUUCCAUUGCUAGCAAAGGGAAGCGACUUAUACUAUUACGAGUAUAUGUGUGUUAUGGACUUUUCUAACAACCGUUUGUCGGGUAGAAUACCUUUAGAAAUAUCCAGUCUCACUGCGUUGCAAUCCUUAAACUUGUCACAAAAUCAAUUAAUGGGAACUAUACCACAAGAAAUAGGAAAUAUGAAAGCAUUAGAGUCACUUGAUUUCUCAAAUAACACAUUAUCAGGAGAAAUUCCUCAAACCAUGUCUGCUCUGUCUUUUCUUGAGGUGUUGAAUCUCUCGUUCAACAAUUUUCGGGGUCAAAUCCCAUUAGGAACCCAACUUCAAAGCUUUUCGAAUCUUAGUUAUAUGGGAAAUCCUGAACUUUGUGGAAUUCCACUCGGUGAAAAAUGCAACCAUGAUGGAGCCUGUGGUGAUGGUGAGACAAAAUGGAUGGAAAAGGAAGAGGAAGAAUCAGAGGUAAUGCAAUGGUUCUAUAUGGGCAUGGGAGUUGGAUUUGCAACAUGCUUUUGGAUAGUAUUUGGUACCCUUUUGUUCAAACGGACAUGGAGACAUGCUUACUUCAAUUUUCUUUAUGAUGUCAAAGAUUGGUUUAUGAUGCAAAGAUGGUUCUGAAAUUCAGACUCUUUUGCUAGAAGGAUUGUCAAUGUGGUGAAUAUCCCAGGUUUCGAAUGGACACGUCUGGUUGUGUUGUAUAAUAAACUCUAGUUGUCUUUUGAUUGUCUACAAAAUUUCAUGUAAUUUAAGAUUUGUGCAAAUUUGUUAAAUAAUUUAAUAAAUAAUGCUUAGAGUAUGUGUGAAUGCUCGUAUGUUUGCUUA